AUGUCCACGGAAUAUCGGAAGCGGUCAAUUAUCAAAAAUCCUGCUGAUUCCGACAAUGAAAUACUUCCGAAAACUCGAAAUAUUCAUGGCACCAGUUCUCCAGGACGAUCAAGAACUGAUAAGAACGGUACCGUUGAGUCAUCAAAUCGAUUGGCUUUCGUGAAACCCGCACCCUAUAGUGACGACCCGGAAGUCAUUGCGCAACGGGCAUCUAUUGAUUAUUCGCGGAAAAUUACUCUCGAAAUGGCGAGAAAUGGCAAAGCUGGUCGUCCUGUGCGUGUUUAUGCUGAUGGUGUCUAUGAUCUCUUCCAUUAUGGUCACGCGAAUCAACUACUGCAAGCAAAACGUGCUUUUCCAAACGUAUAUCUUAUUGUUGGAGUAUGUGGCGAUGCAGACACUCUCAAAUACAAAGGUCGUACAGUGACGUCGGAGAAUGAAAGAUAUGAAGGUGUGCGCCACUGCCGUUAUGUUGAUGAAGUCUAUAGAAAUGCUCCAUGGUUUUGUACCGUGGAGUUUUUAAAAAACCUGAAAGUUGACUUUAUAGCGCAUGACGCAAUACCGUAUGUUGCACCUGGAGACUCAGAUCUUUACGAGAAAUUUCGGCGAGAAGGGAUGUUUCUCGAAACUCAACGAACGGAAGGCGUUUCGACUAGUGAUGUUGUAUGUCGAAUAAUCCGUGAUUACGAUAAUUAUGUGCGCCGUAAUUUGCAGCGUGGUUAUUCUGCUAAGGACCUCAAUGUUGGAUUUCUUGCUGCAAGACGUUAUCAGUUGCAGAAUCAAGUUGAUCAAUUAAAGCAAAAAAGUUUGGAAGUUAUAAAAACAUGGCGUAAUAAAAAGGAUGAUUUUAUUCGUGGUUUCUUGGAAACAUUGCAAAAAGAUGGCGGAUUCGGUUUUAAUAUUGUUGGCAAUAGAUUGAGAACGCUUGUUUCACGUAGCCCAUCUCCGUUAGACUAUGAAGAGCAAGCGGAAGAAGAUACUGUGGAUGCAGACUCUUGCUGUGAAACAUCUUCAGCAACUAGUUUCGCAGGUGCCAAGAAUGAAACAUACUGA